AUGACGAGCGGCAAGGUCAGUAAGAAGAAGAACGCCAAGAGGCCGGUGGAAGCUGCGCAGCAACACGAGCGCCCAGUGCAGCGGGAUUGCAGUCAAAACACUAUGGAGACGACGAAGGGGACUGAGGCGGCGCCGCAUCCUUUUCUCGGCCGUGAGCUGCGUGUGGAGCUGUCGGAUUGUCGUAUUAUCGUUGGGACGCUCAUCGCCUACAUUGGACUUGGCGACCUGCUGCUGCAGAACGUUGUGGAGCAGCGCUGUUACGCUGACGGCGAAAUGAGUUGGCGGUCACUCAGUCUGCUGGCGAUUCCGUGGAAGCAUGUGACGGCGAUGCACCGGCGGCUGCCGGACUGUGAGCCCAUCAGCUUCAUAGAGGCCUGA